GUGGCCAUUUUAGGCCCCUGCCCUGGGCCCCCCACUCAGAAUGCACAGCACCUCUUCAGCCUGCCUGCCAGGCCCCUACCCAGGCAGACCUCAGCCAUAUCCUGCAGGGGCACCAAGAUUGUGAGCUCAGAGGCUGGCAGGCCGGCCGCCCCAGGGCAUCUCAGGGGCAUAAAGGCAGAGCAGCAGAGGCCACCUCAGCUCUUCGGCCAAGAGCCACUGUCUACGAUGCUGCAGACUCUGCUCCUCGGCUCAGUCCUCUCCCUGCUUGCGGUGUCUCCAGGCCAGGCCGAAAUCCCCAUCCAGGCCAACUUCGAUGCCGGCCAGUUCCAGGGCACCUGGUAUGUGGUCGGGAUGGUGUCAGAUGACCAAGGCUUCCUGGACUCCAGGGACAACAUGAAGAUGCCCGUGGUCUUGGUGACCCCCUUGGCCAAUGGCGACCUGGCCCUCAAGUUUGGGUACUCCACGCCCGACGGUGGGUGCCAGAAGAUGGACAUGACCUUCACCAAGGGCGCAGUGGACGGGCAGUUCAGCAACACGGCCAUGGCCCAGACUGACAUCCGGGUGGCGUCCACCGACUACACACACUUCGCUGUGUUGUACUUCGAGACGCAGAAGGGGGACGACAGGAAUAUCUGGCUUCAUCUCUACGCUCGGGCCCCAGAGCUGUUUCCCGAAGGCGCCCAGAAGAUGCAGCAGCUGGCAGCUCAAGUUGGCCUGAACCCCAGCCAGGGCGCCCUGCUGCCCAAGUCGGACCAGUGCACCGGCGCCUUCUCCUAGAGAGGCAUCCAGCCCAGGAGUGCAGCAGGGGGCCAUAUGGCUUGCUGCUCCAGCACCCAGCCCUCCCCAAAGAACACCCUGUUCUCCCCACCCCGCCACAUCCCCAGCACAAUAAACAAGCUCCCAAAGCCAA